AUGUCCGAGCUCGCGUCAAGUCGUGUUUGGUUCAUCACCGGGACGUCGAAAGGCUUGGGGCGCGCCCUGCUCGAGGAGGUCCUCAGCCGUGGCGAGCGAGCCGUCGCAACCCUGCGCGAACCAGACGUGCUGGAGCCGCUCGCCGAGCGGUACCCCUCGUCCCAGUUACUCGUCUUCCGCCUGGAUGUCUCGAGCUAUGCAGAGAUCGAAGACGCAUUUCGAGCGACGGAGGUUCACUUUGGUCGGCUCGACGUAGUGGUGAAUAACGCUGGAUACGCGGUUGAAGGCGAGAUCGAAGCUACUCCUGAGAACGCUGCUCGAGCGCAGAUGGAGGUCUGCUUUUGGGGCCCAGCGAACAUUACAAAAGAGGCCAGUCAAAUACCUCAAUCGAUCCGGUUCUUCAGGGAUGUGAAUCCCCUUGGGCAAGGCGGCCGUGUUCUGAACAUAUCCUCGAUUUGUGGGUAUUCGGGCAAUCCCACAUUUUCAUACUACUGUGCAGCAAAAUUUGCCUUGGAAGCCUUUACAGAGUCGUUCAUCAAGGAGAUGCUCCCUGAAUGGAACAUCAAAGGCGUCAUCGUCGAGCCGGGAGGCUUCCGUACCGACUGGAACGCGGGAUCGCUCGUCCGGUUCCCUGCCCCUCCACAGUACGACACCCCCGAGUCACCAACCGUGCGGUUCAGGAAGAUGACCGCACAGACGUACAUCGGAGACCCGGCGAAGGCAGCCAAGGCGCUUGUGCAGAUAGCGGACAUGGACGAGCUGCCGCUGCGGAUCCAGCUGGGCACGGAGAGUCUGCUCGUGGUCAGGAACAAGGCGGUGAGAACUAUACAGGACGGCGAGAGGUAUGCUGAGCUGGCGCAUUCGACGAACGUGGACGGGGUCGACAAGGAUGCUGUCCUGGAGAUGUUCAAGGAAAUCAAUGCUUGACACGAAUACUAUCACCGAUCCUUCCUCCUCCUGACAUAGCUUGAGUACUUAUAAAAGCAGUCGGUGAACUGUUGGAUUCAGUAGGGCGGGAGGAAUACGCGCUCCGCCUACGCGGUUGUGGCGAUUCACGUGAUGUGUCGCGUUG